ACUUCCGGGCUCUUGGCGGAGAGUUUGAGGCACCACGUAUGCGCGUGCGAAUUGUAGAGCAACCGAUUGCCACUUCAAUGAAAACGUGCUUGGCCUGGUGGCAGCAGUCUGGGAUUAAAGCUUCGAAUUAGUGUGGCGCAAAAGUGUGCGUCCGUGCGAUUGAGAAGAAGACGGCGUAUGCCAUAAACACAGCACAGUGCAGCUGACUCUGAUUCAAGCCGCGUGCCGUCACUUUGUCUCAGUUAUAAAGAAAAAUAUUGCUGAUAUGAUUAAGGAGAACCGCUGGAACAUCCCUCCGAACGCCCCGGCCUGCAUGGAGAAGCACUUGGAUGCGGCUCACUAUAGAGCAGAUGGAGCACUUUUACUUGGGGCAUCAAGCUUAACUGGCCGUUGCUGGGUGGGCUCAAUUUGGGUGUUUAAGGAUGCCCAGCUUGCACCCAAUGAGGGCUACUGUUGUGCAGGAGUUCAAACUGAAGCUGGAGUAGCAGAUGCAAAUUGGGUGUCCGAUAGAAGCAUUCUUAUUGCAUCUGAUUCUGGUGCAGUGGAGCUCUGGGAGUUGGCUGAAGAUGAGGCCUUGAUUGUCAGCAAGUUCUGCAAAUAUGAACACGAUGAUAUUGUGACAAAAGUGAGUCCCAUAUUUGGUGGGACACAUGCUGUCAGUGGCAGCUUAGAUUGCAGUGUUAAAGUUUGGGAUCUAACACAAGAAACAGUAAUAAACAGUUAUGCUGCUCAUUCAAGAGCUGUAACAUGUGUGUCUUCACAUCCCUCUGAUGAAUCGCUGUUUUUGUCUUGUGGACAGGAUUCCAGAUUACUUCUAUGGGACAGAAGAAAGCCUAAACCAGCCUUACGAAUUGACACUGGUCCUUCUAAUUGUUCUCCUACCUCACUGGCAUGGCAUCCACAAAAAAGUAAUCGUUUUGCUUAUGGAAAUGAAAUUGGCACAGUUGCUCUGAAGGAAUUUCAAAAUCCAGAAGCUGUUGAGAUGGUGGAAGCUCAUACUCGGUCAGUCCAGGGUCUAAUCUAUUCAUUACACAGCUCCCCUCUUCUGGCUUCCAUUAGUGAUGAUUGCUCAGUUGUCGUUUUAGAUUCUAAACUGCAGGAAGUUUUCAGAGACAGAACACAUCAAGAUUUUGUUCGUGGUGCAUCCUGGUCUCCUGUCAACCAAUCUACUCUCACAACAGUAAGCUGGGAUCACCAGGUUCUGCACCAUGCAGUACACAGUGGGAGUGAAAACUUAGAAGACACGAGACCUUCUGGAACUUCUCCACACACACAAGAAUAGAUUCCUUUAAGUUAUUGCAUAUCAAUUCAGAUUUGUUUAAAGUGAAGAAAAAGACAGCAGAUUUGUAUAUCAUGCAGCAUCAAAGUAAGAUUCCAUAGACAGUGAAUCUAAUGCUGUGCAAGUUGACAUUUUUUUGUAUCCCCAGUGCUGACUUGCUAUUUUCAUAAUGAUGAUAGCAUUGGAGCACAGAGCACAUGGUUCUUCCAUCGAUACAGCACGACAGUAAAUUUACCAAAGCAUCAGUUAUAUGAAAAAUAAAAACUUUGUUUUGAA